AGUGAGCGACACAGCUCCCUCACCAUCAACUGACUCACUACAGACCAGACAAAGAAGAGCCUGAGCGCAGCAGAGCAGUCAGUGUACACUGAACCUGAAGCUAAUUUUGGCUCAGAACCUAUAUUUUAGGAUAUAUUAUCUUACAGCAGGUUCUGACAGAAAUGUACCGGCACAUUGUAAGGUAAGAGACGCUGUUAUAAUGUGUUAUCCUUCCAUGACUCCUCACAAUUAUCACUUAAAGUGAACUCAGUUGUCUUCACGACCUUUGGCAUAUAUUUUCUGAACAUGUAGUAACCGUUAAACAACCUCCAUAUGUUAGGCUACAAAAACAGUAUUUUACCGUAUUCUUAUUCAUAUAGGUUUAAAUUUCGUUAAAAAAAGAUCAAAAUAGAUGUAUUCUGAUAACUCCUAACAUACAGCUAAGGUAGAACCAUCAGAGUCUGGGUGUUUUGUUUUGCAGGGUUCAAUAGUUGUUGUUUUUGUGUUACUAAAAACUUGUUUUCUUGAGGUUUUAAUAAAGGAGAUAAAAGAUAAAUAGCUUGGAUUAUAUGUAAGGUGCUGACAGGUAAUUUAAGGACACAAGUAUGAUUUAGAGGUCAGUUCAGUCAGUGGUAGAUGUUGGUAAUGGUGUUUCUCCUAUUUCUCUCCUCUGGAGUAUUAAAGGUGGUUAAUAUAAAGAAGUUACAGUGCAAUGCAUAUUAUUUAAUCAUUCACAUGACAAACUUAAACUGACUAUAUAAACACCGUAUUGUGAUUUAUGUUCAACACACAAUAGGGAUAUCUGAGUUGUAUCUUCCUGUCAUGAACACAGACUGUGUUCCUGAUCAGUUUAGUGAAAACUAACAUGUUUGUUUUUGUCCCUCAAAGGAGUGUGUGCGGUGGAGGAAGGGUGUGUCCUGUCUUUGUGCCUUCCUCCUCUCUGUCCUCCUCCUCAUCAUCAUGGCCACUGAGGAACACGUCAGAGGAGAGACACUACAGGUCACGAUAUACAUUUUAUCUGACAGUAACUUCAACACAAAGCCGACCUUUUCUUGAUUGAUUGAUGACUGAAUUCAUGUUUUGACUUCUUCUUGUGCUGCAGGCUGGCUGAGCAGCGUUCGCAGUGUCCUGUUCGUUGUAUGAGCUCUGUAGCGCAAAAGAAGAGAUCUCUACGCAGUGCCUUCCCAGUGCUGAAACAACCUCUCGUGCCCAUCCAGAAACACGUUUAUGAAGCUAACGUCCGAAACAGCAACGCCUGCCAUAAGAAGUAAGAUCUCCUCUUGACAGCUCACCUUUUCAGUUUGCCAUUAUGUUUGUAAAUCUGUACCGUCCAUCCUGUCUCUGUCAGGUUCAUGGAGUUGAGUGAAAAGGUGAGGAAAGGAGGAGGAGAGAACGCCAUAGCCAGACACACUCAGAGAAACAGAAAGCUGCUGGUCAGAGAUCGGCUCAGCCUCCUGCUGGAUGACGAGGACUUUCUGGAGCUGUCUCCGUUUGCUGGUCUGGGUCUGCCGUACGGGGACAUCCCUUCAGCCGGCUGCCUGACUGGUCAGAAACCACUAGCUGCAUCUGUAUCUUUGGUACUAACUAUAGACUGUUCAAUCUGAUAAGUGUGGCUUUUGAUUUACUUAGACCAGCCUUUCUCCUGAACCUUUUUCGCACAAAACUUUAUCUCACAUGUUCACCGCUGACUUUAUAACGUUUCUGUUUGUAUCCAUGCAGGCAUCGGCAGGAUCAACGGUCUGUGGUGUGUGUUUAUUGCCAAUGACGCCACAGUGAAAGGCGGCACAGCUUAUCCAAUCACAGUAAAGAAGCAGCUACGCGCACAAGAAGUAGCCAUACAGAAUCGGCUGCCUUGUGUUUAUCUCGUCGAUUCUGGAGGAGCUUUUCUACCGCUGCAGGUGAACACACACUCACUGCUUUGGCUCUGAAUGUAGGCUUUAUUUUGCUGCCUGCUGUUUUAAUCUCCACUUCUCUGUGUUUGUGCAUAAAUAUGCAGUCGGAGAUCUUUCCUGAUAAGAACCAGGGGGGCAGGACCUUCUAUAAUGAAGCCAUCAUGUCAGCCAUGAAGAUCCCACAGGUAAAGAAAGAAAGAGCGGCAAGCUUGCUCAGAAAUAAUAAAUGUGGCUCCGGCUGAUUAAGUUUGAUGUGAAGGCUGUUAUUCCUCUUGAAGGUGUCGGUGGUGUGCGGGUCGUGCACGGCGGGUGGAGCUUACAUCCCCACUAUGGCAGAAGAAGCUGUGAUGGUGCACCGAAUAGGGACCAUAUUCUUAGGGGGGCCACCGCUCGUCAAAGCCGCCACAGGAGAGGAAGUCACACCAGAAAACCUGGGAGGAGCCCGACUUCACGCUGAGUAGGUCCAUGAAAUGAAAACGCCUUCAAGGAAACAGAAACAAAUCAACAUCAUCGUGUUCACCGUCUUCUUUCAGGGUGAGCGGCUGUGUGGAUCACUUCGCUUGGGAGGAGAAGGAGGCGUAUGAAUACACCAGAAACAUCAUAUCUACCCUCAACUUCCAACUGCCCGAGGAGGAGGAUGAGGAGGUGGUGAGGAAGAGGAGAGCAGAGGAGGAGCCGCUGUACAGUUCAGAGGAGCUUUUGGGAUUCGCUCCGAAAAGUUACGACUUCAGUCUGGACGCUAAAAUGGUAAAGAGUGCAAAAAUUUGAGGAGGACGAGUUCAAGUUUGGAAAAAUGUUAAUACAAUCACUUCGCUUGUUCGGUUUGUAUCUUUAUGAUUUUGAGGUUUGCAUUUUAAUCUUAAGGAGCAUCUUGAAAUGUGUGUAGAUUAGGUUGCUUGCUGACAAGAAGAUGAAGUAAUUCUUGCUCAGCUGUCAAAGCAGAAAGUGCCCCCUACUGGCCAACCUCUUCAUUACAGAAACAAAGAAAAACCAGAACAAAUUGAUGGAUUGGCAGCUCUGAAAAAUCACGAUGUUGUCUGUUAGCUGAGAAGUUAUUUCAGUGUCGUAUCUGUUAUAUCACAAAACCUGAAUUAGUAAAAAACUGUCGGUGGGUUUUCUGUGUAUCCAGAUAAUCAGUCGGCUAACAGACGGGAGCCGCUUCCAGGAGUUUAAAGCUCGAUACGGGACCACACUCGUCACCGGCUUCGGGAAGAUACAAGGGUAAACACACACAAAAACACACACACACUUAGAUUAAGAUGGUGGAGGCAAGAAUACAAUUAAAUUUUCAUUUUUUAACAACAGAUUUAAUCCCGAUUUUUGAUUACUGACUCGUUUUGUCACCAAUCUUGUCUUGUUUUGUCGAAGCUGUAAUUUCAUUAUUCUGAGAACGGCUUUCAAACACCUCCCUCGCAAACUCAGUGACCCCUCACCCCCAUGAGAUUAACCGCUGACCUCACUGAGGUCUUUAUCAGAUAAGUGGACAACAACAGGGGUCCAAAACAAAACCCUUCUGCGGUCCUCCUAUCAGUGACAAACACCCACUUUGUGAUUUUCUUUUUCAAAAAAGGUGAUAAUUAAAGUUUUUUUCUGAGUUUAUGUUACAAUUUUCAUCUUUUAGUCACCUGGUUGGAAUCGUAGCCAACAACGGCGAGCUGUCGUACGAAGCCGCUCUGAAAGGCAGCCAUUUUAUUCAGCUGUGCGACCAGAGAGACGUCCCACUCGUCUUCCUCCAGAACACAGCGCCUGCAGCAGCUCCCACUCUCUCCACAGCACAGGUAAAAACUCUCAAAAAAGAGGAAUAACAUUAAAAGAAUCCAGAAAAGUAUCAGUCUGACAGUUUUUCUGUUUGUCUCUUUCAGGCAGAAACAAACACGAACCGUCUGAAGGCUCAGGGCUCGAUGAUGUCUGCAGUGGCUUGUGCGUCCGUCCCUAAAAUCACUGUGGUGAUUGGUGGUUGCUAUGGUGCUGACAGCUACGCAAUGGUGAGAGAAACAUACUGAAGUUUUGUUUGAUGCUCAGUCAGAGAGAUUAAGAUUUUAGUCCUUUCAGCUGCCAAAACAACGAGUUAAAACAUGUUUUAGAUCUGUUUGUUUAAGGUUAAAGGAUUUUGGGUGAUUUUUCUGCAGUUUUUCUCCUGAAGUGAUAUCUUUGAAAACUCAGAGUUCAUUUUACGACAGCACUCCAAUAAUCCUAAUUCCUACAUUAUGUUAAUUUUGAUUUUAAACAAACAAUAUUUGUCCUCCACAGUGUGGGCGCGCCUUCGACCCGAACUUCCUGUUCCUGUGGCCAAACGCCCGAGUGUCGAUGGCCGCCCCUGGUCACUCCGCCUCUCUGCUCCCACCUGACACCGAGCAGCCAGAGGAGGAGCAGAAGAAACAGGAGGACAAGUUAAAUAAGAGGUUAGAGGAGGAGAGCUCGGCGUUCUUCUCCUCUGGCAGACUCUGGGAUGAUGGAGUGAUUCUGCCUCAGGACACCAGGAAGGUAAAAAAGCAAACUUAUUUUAAUGAACAAAUGCAAUCAAUGUAAACAGAAGAACACAAAGGCGGCCUAUAUUAUUAUUAUUAUUAUUAUUAUAAUAAAAGGACAUGUAUUGUGUUUCUGUCUGCAGGUUCUCAGUGACUGUCUGGACAUCAUCAAACAGCAGCAGUAUCAACUCUCCACAGAGAAACUACAGUCGGCUCUCCUGCGUAUAUAAACCAUCCUCUCUACUUCUGGACAACUUAAACAUGCUGUUCUGCUGCUUCAGCCUUUGGUGACUCCAAGAGGACCCACUCCUAACACCAAGCAACCUGUACUGACUGUUAUCUGAAGGAAACGUUAGUUUGAUACUCAAAAUAUUGACAGGUUUGUUUGCACGCUGCACAGAAGGAUCUACAGGUGACACACAGAUGAUUUUACUCUUCAGUGAAACAGGGAUGGAAAAUUCAGAUGUAAGAUGUGUAACUUCAUUGUUACAGAAAAUGAAAACACAACUGCAGCCAGAUGAUUCAUAUUAUUAGAGAGAGUCAUGUGGAUUUUGGUGUUUUGUAAAGAGUUGCUGGUAGAUGAGUUAAGUUGAAGUAUUACACACAGCUGCUCAAAGGUCUGUGUCAGCUUGACCUCAGAGAUAAGAGAUUUUUUUUUAAAAUUAUGACGAAAGAGCCUUAAAAUGAAGCACUGCUUUCCUCCCUGUGACCGCGACCAUGUCUGUAAGAGUCAAAAUGCUAAGUUGAAGGACAUUGUGGCCUGUAAUUACUGAUGUAAUUUAAUUGCUCUUGUGUAUUUUUACUCAUUUGUAUAAAAGGAAACAUUAAAAUACUGUAAAUACAUUUUUAGAUUGCAGAUAUGUGUCUUUAAUCACCUUACAAGGAUGAUUUGCCAAAUGCUGAGAUGCUAUUUAAAAUUUGAAUUAAACCGUUUCAAAGAUGUACAUUUUCCUGCUUCAUUUAUGAAACAUUUUAGAUCGUAAAGUCAAAGUAUUACGUUUAAAAACAUUGAAAAAGGAAUUAUUUCUCAAGAGGAACAUUAAGGUCCAAGGUUGGUUUUAUGAUGUCAAGAUAGCGGCGUCCUCCACACUUUUUUCAGAGUCGUAAAUUGCGCCCAAGAGCCGAAGGUGAAAUGAACGCAGGCGAGAAAGAAGAUCCUCCAAAGUCUCAGGAGGA